AGAUGUCGGGAACGGUGUCAGAUCUUUCUUUGGUGCACUGGAAGCAGCAGUGGUUGGAAAACGGCACACUCUACUUCCAUGUGUCCAUGAGCAACGCCGAACAACUUUCCCGGGCCACACCGCCAAGCCUUCAAGAACCUUCAGAGAUUGUGGAUGAACAGAUGCACAUGCUACACGUGUCCGUCAUGGGCGGACUGAUUGCUCUCCUUUUGCUGCUGCUGGUGUUCACCAUAGCCUUGUACGCCCAACGGCGUUGGUACAAACAACGCCGCGUCCCCCACAAGAGCGCCAGUUCCGAGGCCACCCACGAGAUCCACUACAUCCCCUCCAUGCUUAUUGGCUCCCAGGGCAGGGAAAGCUUCCGCAGUUCACGCCUUCAGGGCCACACCUCGGUCAUCGGCAUGCCCAUCCGCGAGACCCCUAUCUUGGAUGACUACGACUACGAAGAGGAAGACAACCCUCUGCAUCCGGAGUUCGGCUACCGAGACGGCGAGUUUGGGAGUCAAACUGGGGUGCCCCUGGAUAGCACAGGCAGGAGCGGAGAGAAACUCGUCUACGAAAAGAAAGGUGGUGUUGGAUUCGGUCACACCAAGGGCAACUCCGGUUCAGAAGCAGACGACGAGACCCAGUUGACCUGCUACACCGAGCAGUACCGAAGCCGCCGACGCAGCAAAGGUUCCCUCAAAAGCCCAGUGAACAAGACGGCCCUCACCUUAGUUGCUGUGAGCUCUUGCAUCCUGGCUAUGGUCUGUGGCACCCAGAUCUCCUGUCCACUCACGGUCAAAGUGACCCUUCAUGUCCCUGAGCACUUCAUUGCUGACGGAAGCAGUUUUGUUGUGAGUGAGGGCAGCUACUUGGACAUCUCGGACUGGCUGAAUCCUGCAAAGCUCUCCCUGUAUUAUCAAAUCAAUGCCACCUCGCCAUGGAUCCGUGAUCUUUGUGGGCAGAGAACGACGGACGCGUGCGAGCAUCUCUGCGACGAAGAAACUGGUGAGUGCAGCUGCCACGAAGGCUACGCGCCCGAUCCUGUUCAUCGACACCUUUGUAUCCGUAACACCUGGGAACACAGCGAAGGCCCUUGGCCGUACACAACUCUGGAAAGAGGUUACGAUUUGGUGACGGGAGAACAAGCUCCGGAGAAAAUUCUUAGGUCUACCUACAGCCUGGGCCAAGGCCUUUGGCUUCCUGUGAGUAAAAGUUUUGUGGUUCCCCCGGUGGAGCUUUCCAUCAAUCCAUUGGCUAGCUGCAAGACUGAUGUCCUUGUGACUGAAGAUCCAGCAGACGUCAGGGAAGAAGCAAUGUUGUCGACCUAUUUUGAGACCAUCAACGACCUACUCUCGUCCUUUGGACCCGUUCGGGAUUGUUCUCACAAUAACGGAGGCUGUACCCGCAACUUCAAAUGUGUAUCGGACCGUCAAGUGGACUCAACCGGUUGUGUGUGCCCCGAGGACCUGAGACCCAUGAAAGAUGGGACCGGCUGCUACGACUACUCGAAGGGGAUUGAUUGCUCAGAUGGCUUCAAUGGUGGUUGCGAGCAGCUGUGCCUUCAGCAAACUCUCCCUCUCCUGUGGGACCCAACCUCCAGCACCAUCCACAUGUUCUGUGGUUGCGUCGAGGAGUACAAGUUGGCUCCAGACGGCAAGUCCUGCCUCCUGUUAUCGGACAUCUGUGAGGGCCCCAAGUGUCUCAAGCCAGAUGUGAACUUCAACGACACUCUCUUUGGGGAGAUGCUUCAUGGUUACAACAACAGGACCCAACACGUCAACCAAGGCCAGGUUUUCCAGAUGACCUUCAGGGAGAACAAUUUCAUAAAAGGACUUCCCCAACUGGCUGAUGCGUUGAUGGUCAUUCCUCUACCGGUUGAGGAACAGUGUCGUGGUGUGCUAUCAGAACCUCUUCCCAACCUCCAACUGCUAACUGGGGACAUUCGGUACGAUGAAGCCAUGGGGUAUCCUAUGGUUCAACACUGGAGGGUCCGAAGUAACCUGUACAGAGUGAAGCUCAGCACGAUCGCCCUCUCGUCAGGAUUUGCAAAUGUCCUCAAGAUUCUGAACAAGGACAGCAGCCGUGAGGAGCUGCUGUAUUUCAUUCAGCAGUAUGGCUCCCAUUACAUAGCAGAGGGCUUAUACGGCUCUGAAUUCAGCUGCACCAUUCACUUCCCAAGCAAGAAAAUACAACAGCAGCUCUGGUUGCAAUAUCAGAAAGAAACUACAGAACUUGGAAACAAGAAAGAGCUCAAGUCCAUGCCUUUCAUCACCUAUCUAUCUGGCCUGCUGACGGCCCAGAUGCUGUCCGACGAUCAGCUGGUUUCUGGCGUGGAGAUCCACUGCGAAGAAAAAGGCCGCUGCCCUUCGACUUGCCAUCUCUGCCGCCGGGCAGGCAAGGAACAGCUGAGUCCCACCCCGGUCCUUCUGGAGAUCAACCAUAUUGUCCCGUUAUAUAUGCUCAUCCAGGACAACGAGACCCGGGAGGCCUUCAAGGGAGCCCUCAUGAGCUCUUACUGGUGCUCGGGGAGAGGAGAUGUGAUUGAAGAUUGGUGCAGAUGCGACCUUAAUGCCUUUGAUGAGAAUGGCCUCCCCAGCUGCAGCCCACUUCCCCAGCCUAUUUUGCGUCUUUCUCCCAACGUGGAACCUUCAAGCACCGUGGUCUCCUUGGAGUGGUAUGAUGUCCAACCAGCCAUUGGGACAAAAGUCUCCGAUUACAUCUUGCAUCACAAAAAGGUGGAUGAAUACACAGACACCGACCUGUAUACAGGUGAGUAGAUACCUGAUACCUAGCGGCGAA